UGCAUUUGGUGGAUGGGUUUGUGAGGGGGAAGGGGAAGUUCCGGUGGAAUUCGCGGAGGGACGUGGCGCUGGUGAAUAAGGGGAGUGAUAUGCUGGUGGAGGAGCUGAGGAUACCGGAGUUUUGGUACCAGUUGCCGCAUAAGGGGCUGGUCAAAAAUGGGUAUGGGAGAUGGGUUAAGCCUGGGAGGAAUCCUGAGGAUAUUCCUUCUCCAUUUUCACAGCCCUCUAAGAUUUGAGAUUUUUUUUUAAAGUUUGGUCUACCUCUGAUUGAUUUUUUUAUUCUUUUUUUGUGGAGGAUGUCAAAGAAAAUUGUGAAUUUGGAUUUGAAUUUGAUGGAGAUAUGAAGCAAGAUGAUUCUUUCUUUUGGUUC